AUGGCCCCCCCACUUCCCCUAGCGUGGAAGCUAUGGGAUAAGAGGUUCCUGGUCAUGCAGCCUUUGGAGAGAAAGGAUGAGUCUAAAUACACAGGUGCUGAGGAGAACCCACAGCACAAGGAGGACAGUGAAAAACAGCCGAGAGUCAAAGGUGGCUUGAGACAAGCCUGGGAGCUGGAAGUUGAAAUGCUCAGGGGUGAAGCAUAUGCUCACAUAGUUAACCAAGAAGAUGCCGGGAGCCCGACGCCGGGGGGCCCCGCUGCUGCCCAGCCCAGCCUGGUGGCCAUGGCGUCCAGCAGGCAAGCCAAAAUUGAAAGAUACAAGCAGAAGAAGGAGCUGGAGAACAGGUUGGCCUCUAUGAGAACCUUUGUGGAGAGCGGGCAAGCAGAUGAGGAUCAGAUACGGGAAUUUUACAUACUACAAAUCCAGAAAUGGAUCAACACCAGCCUUGAGGAAAUUGAGAGUAUUGACCAAGAAGUGGUCAUCCUGAGGAGCAGAGGUACAGCGAAACAGUCUUCAGCACCACCACACGGUACUUCUCGGCAAGUCCGGGCUCCACUGAAACCUUUCAUUCUUACCCGGGAUGCUGCUCAGGCUAAAGUGUUUGGUGCUGGAUAUCCCGGCCUGCCUACUAUGACCGUGGAUGACUGGUAUGAGCAGCGCAGAAGGCAAGGCGUCGUGUCCGGUCAGAGCGCGCCUCAGGGAGCACCAGGUAUAACUGAUGAAGAGUUGCAGAAGCAGCAGCAGGAGAAAAAAGAGGAGGAGGAUGAUGAGGAAGCUCUUCAAAAAGCUCGGAACUGGGAUGACUGGAAAGAUACACACCCGAGAGGCUAUGGCAACCGGCAGAACGUGGGCUGAUGCUCUCGCUGCAGAGGGAGCAGGGCCCGGAAAUCCUGUAAGAAUUGCCUGUGUCCCGGAGAUGCAGGAGUAAAUACACUGUACAUAUGCAGAGGUAUCCGUGGCUUCUCUGGGAGGCACCGGAGUCGGAGGAGUAAACAUGACAGUUUGCUUUGGUUUACAUUAAGUGUCAGACUGAGCGCACCGGUCGUGUACAGUGAUACCACAGAGCUCCUGUCAGGUGGAGCUCUUUCUGAGGGGUCAGACUGCCUCUGCUCUCCCAGCCAGAGGAAGUCCUUGAAAGAAAAGUACAUGAAUUUGGAAACUGCUCUUUGUAUUGUGGGUGGAUGUAUUUAUUUUUUUUCUCUAUAUUUUAAGCAAAAUAAAAUCUCUUGUG